GAGGGGGGAGCGCGGACGGAAACGCGGGAGUGAGCGGGGGACAUCGAUGAUUAGUAGUAGUACAGUACUUGUUUUUUGGCGUCAUCGUUUGCGGGCGUUCUUAGGACUCGCGUUACAGGAGGAGCUCCCAUCUGCCGCCCUCCCCUGAACGCGGACAAUCAUGCGGGCGCUCUUUUGGGGCUUGGGCUUGCUGCUGUUCCCCCAUUUAGGAGCUGCGGACGCGUCCGCCGAGACGCCGCUGUCGAGUCCAAGACCAGCGAAAGAGCAGAUCGGCGCCUACGAGAUCGCCACGCCGGUGCGAGUGGACGGCGCCGGCGACAAGUUCCCGAGCGGCGCGCACUUCAAGAGGAAACGGCGAAGUUUGGACGACAAGAGCGACAACGCGACGCGGCACUGGGCCACCCCGAACAUCCAUUACAGGAUUUCUGCCUUCGGACAGAACUAUCACCUCAACCUCACGCCGGACUCGGGAUUUAUCGCCCCGCUCUAUACCGUGACGAUCCUCGGAGGAGAUGACGCGACGGGCCGGGACGAGGCACCGCCGCACGAGGGCGACGAGGAGGAGGACACCGACUUGAGGCAUUGCUUCUAUAAAGGACAAGUCAAUGCCAAAUCGGAGCACGCCGCGGUCAUCAGUUUGUGCUCCGGACUGUUUGGUACCUUCGGCUCUCCGGAAGGGGAGUAUUUUGUCGAGCCCCUUCACAGCUAUCAAGGAGAACAUUAUGAAGAGGAACGCACAAAACCUCACAUCGUGUACAGGAAGGGGGCGCCCCGCAAAGAGAAAUUUGGCCCGAGCUCACCUUGCGACACUUCAGGACACAAACACAGGCACGAGAGGCACAAAGCGAGGAAAAAGCCAGCCGCCGGGAUGGCCUCGGAAGCCGCCGCGGACUCGCCCGCUGGCCGCCUGCCCGGCGACGCCUUGCGUCGAUCGGAGAGCGUCCUCGGCGCGGGCGCGAGACCCGCAAACGAAAGCGGCGGAGAUGACGCCGGAGCUCACAAGCGCUCCAAGCGCUUCCUGUCCUUCCCGCGCUUUGUGGAAGUCAUGUUGGUGGCCGACAGCAAAAUGGUGGAACAUCACGGCGGCAACCUGCAGCACUACCUGCUCACCCUCACGGCCAUCGUGUCGUCCAUCUACAAGGACCCCAGCAUCGGCAACCUCAUCAACAUCGCCAUUGUGAAGUUAGUCAUCAUCAACAACGAGCUGGAGGGUCCCCUUGUUUCAUUUAACGCGCAGACCACUUUGAAGAACUUUUGCAUUUGGCAGCACGCUCAAAACGUCCUGGAUGACAACCACCCCUCGCACCACGACACCGCCAUCCUUAUCACACGGCAAGACAUCUGUAGAGCAAGGGACAAGUGUGACACUUUAGGACUGGCAGAGUUGGGCACCGUGUGCGAUCCGUACCGCAGCUGCAGCAUCAGCGAGGACAACGGCCUGAGCACGGCGUUCACCAUCGCCCACGAGCUGGGCCACGUGUUCAACAUGCCUCAUGACGACAGCAAUAAAUGUAAGGAGGAUGGCGUCAAGAUCCAGCAGCACGUGAUGGCUCCCACGCUCAACUACAACACAAAUCCUUGGAUGUGGUCCAAGUGUAGCAGGAAGUACAUCACCGAGUUCCUCGACACCGGCUACGGCGAGUGCUUGCUGGACGAGCCCGUCUCGAGGCCGUACAGUCUCUCGCAGCAGCUGCCCGGACGGAUUUACAACGUCAAUAAACAGUGCGAAUUGAUAUUUGGAGCGGGAACACAGGUGUGUCCUUAUAUGACCCAAUGUCGAAGGCUGUGGUGCACCAGCCCAGAAGGCGCCCAGAGGGGCUGCAGGACGCAGCACAUGCCGUGGGCGGACGGAACCGAUUGCUCCCCGGGAAAGCACUGCAAGCACGGGCUGUGCAUCGCCAAAGAGCACGACGCCGCGCCCGUGGAGGGCGCCUGGGGAGUCUGGAGUCCUUUCGCCAGCUGUUCUCGCACGUGCGGCGGCGGCAUCAAGAUUGCGGAGCGCGAAUGCAACCGGCCCGUGCCAAGGAACGGAGGCGCGUAUUGCGUGGGUCGGCGGAUGAAGUUCCGUUCCUGUAACUCGGAGCCGUGCUCCGAGCAGAAGAGGGACUUCAGGGAGGAGCAGUGCGCCCUUUUCGACGGCAGGCAUUUCAACAUCAACGGCCUACCUCCGAAUGUUCGCUGGGUGCCCAAAUACAGCGGCGUUCUGAUGAAGGACAGAUGUAAGCUGUUCUGCAGGGUUGCGGGCAGCACGGCCUACUAUCAGCUCAGGGACCGGGUCACCGACGGCACGCCGUGCGGACCCGACACCAACGACAUCUGCGUCCAAGGCUUGUGCAGGCAAGCUGGCUGCGACCACGUCUUAAACUCCAAAGCCAGGAGAGACAAGUGCGGCGUGUGCGGCGGUGACAACUCUUCUUGUAAGACCGUGGCAAACACUUUCAACGUUGUACGCUACGGCUACAAUGAAGUGGUUCGGAUACCCAGCGGCGCCACAAACGUCGAUGUUCGUCAACACAGCUACUCAGGGAAACCAGAGGAUGACAACUACCUCGCCAUAUCAAACAGCCGCGGAGAGUUCCUGCUGAAUGGAGAGUUUGUCGUCAGCAUGUUCAAAAGAGAAAUCAAAGUGGGAAGCGCCGUCAUCGAGUACAGCGGCUCCGAUCACGUCAUCGAGAGGAUUAACUGCACCGAGCGCCUUGAAGAGGAGAUCGUCGUCCAGGUGCUGUCCGUAGGGAACCUUUACAACCCGGAUGUCAGGUACUCCUUCAACAUCCCCAUCGAGGACCGGCCCCAGCAGUUUUUCUGGGAUGCCUACGGUCCGUGGCAGGACUGCAGCCGCCUGUGCCAAGGAGAGAGGAAGAGAAAGGUUCUCUGUAGCAGAGAGUCCGACCGGGUGGUGGUGUCGGACCAGAGGUGUCAUGCCCUACCGAGACCUGCGCUGAUCCCCGAGGCCUGCAACACAGACUGUGAACUGAGGUGGCAUGCGGCUCGCAAGAGUGAAUGCACAGCUCAGUGCGGUGUUGGAUUUCGCACCCUGGACAUAUUCUGUUCCAAAAUGAGCCGCACGGACGGAAAGAUCCAAAAGGUUGAUGAUCGCUAUUGCAGCGGGCAGCGCAAACCCGAGGACAAGGAAGUUUGUCACGGAGAUUGUAAUCCCGGAGGCUGGGAGUACUCGUCCUGGUCAGAGUGCUCAAAGAGUUGCGGCGGGGGCACCCGGCGAAGAGGAGCGGUGUGUCGAAAGGCGGCCGAGGCCGAGGGCGAUGACGGCAAGUGCAGUCAUCGGGACAAGCUGGCCGUCCAACCCUGCAAUGAAUUCCUCUGUCCUCAAUGGAAGACCGGAGACUGGUCGGAGUGCCUGGUAACCUGCGGCAAAGGCUACAAGCACCGACCCACUUGGUGUCAGUUUGGUGAGGAGCGUCUAGAUGACCGCUUCUGCGGGUCGACCAAGCCCGAGUCGGUGCAGACGUGUCAGCAGCAGGAGUGCGCCGCCUGGCAGGUCGGACCUUGGGGGCAGUGCACGACCUCGUGUGGGCUCGGGUACCAGAUGCGAGCUGUCAAGUGUGUGGUGGGAUCUUAUGGCGCCGUCAUGGAAGACACCGAAUGCAAUGCCGCCACCCGGCCCACUGACACCCAGGACUGCGAACUGGCCCAGUGUCCGGCCGGCCAGAUUGUCCCCCCGGGGACCAAAGUCCCGUCCCAUCAAGGCCACAAAACCCAAUGGCGCUUUGGUUCAUGGACCCAGUGCAGCGCGAGCUGUGGCAAAGGGACCCGCAUGCGUUACGUCAGUUGCCGCGACAAUCACGGCGGCGUGGCGGAUGAGUCGGCGUGCGCCGGCCUCCCCAAACCUCCUGCCGGAGAGGCCUGCUCCGUCGUCACGUGCGGACAGUGGAAAGUGUUGGAGUGGACCGCGUGUUCGGUCAGCUGCGGUCAGGGGAAAACGACUCGCCGAGUGCUCUGCGUCAACUUCGCCGACCAAGAAGUCAACGUCGGCGAGUGCGACCCGGACGAGCGGCCGAGCGCCGAGCAGGACUGCGCCGCCUCGCCGUGCCCGUCCCACUCCGGCGAUUCCAGACCGCUUCCAUCCUCGCCGAUCGGCGGCGUCCGCAACGUCAUUCCUCAAAGCCGAUCCCAGCAAUGGCGGACGGGGCCCUGGGGCGCGUGCUCCAGCACGUGCGCCGGAGGCUUCCAGCGGCGAGUGGUGGUGUGCCAGGACGAGAACGGCUACCCGGCCAACAGCUGCGAGGAUCGCAGGCGGCCCGGCGAGCAGCGAUCCUGCGAGUCGGGCCCGUGCCCGCAGUGGAUCCACGGCAGCUGGGGAGAGUGCACCAAACCGUGCGGAGGCGGCAUCAAGACCAGACUGGUGCUAUGUCAACGUCCCGACGGCGAGCGUUUCAACGACCUGAGCUGCGAGAUCCACGACAAGCCGCCCGACCGGGAGCGCUGCAACACUCGGCCGUGCCCGGCCGGCCCCCGCUGGAGCGCCGACCCGUGGGGGUCGCUACGCUCGUGAUCAUUACGACACCGGCGCAACACCCUGCUUGUUUUUUUUUGGUUUUCGUUGGGUUUUUUUUGUUUGUUUUCAAACCGGCCGUGACACUCUGUCGCUCGGGCGCCGUUUCCUCGAGACGUUUGGAAAAAUCCAUUUGUGUCCUAUCGCGCAGUUUGCCGGAGACGGUCGAUCGCCAAGCUGUGGCCAGACCAGAAAAGAAGGUUCUUCUUUUCUCUCGUGACUGUCAACCAGGAGUCGGGCUGAAAUCCAAAUAUUCUUUGCGAUACAUAAUUUAUUGAUAAUUUUUUUUUUUUGGUCAUUUGUACGUAGCGCAAUGUCGAAUAGCCAUUUCUUUUCGUCUUUGCUCGGCGAUUGUUGUUCAUGUUCAUGUGCAAAUACCCAGCCAGAAGGACUUUUUGCUUCAGCGUGGCUUAGCGCAAAUGGCGAAACUGAAGGAUGGAGUUUGUCCGAACGCCCGCAUGCUUCGGUGUAGAACCAAAAUUGGCGAACGCGGACGCUCGAUUUGACGCCGGCGGACUAGACUUUCCUCCUUGCGAGGGCAGCGGCGCCCCCAAACCAAAUGGCGUCCGCUUUCUGCGCUCCGUGUGCCACGGGCGGCUAUUCGGCGCCGCCGCGAUCCGUGCUUCCGCCACCAAAAGGGGGGGGGACGCUUCUUUGUCAAACUCCACGCUGCGCUCCAAAAGGUGCUCCGAGUGUCUCCGUGCCACUUUGUGCUUUUUUGUCCCAACAAUACCUCACCUGGAAACCAGCACAAACUCAUCUUGCCGUUUUAAAGUCCGAUCGCUAACCUGAAAUGGUGCUCCGAGUGUCCGAAACAGACAUUUGCAACGUUUUUUUUUUUUGUUUUUUGGGGGACAUGGGGGGGGUGCUAGUGAUCACUUUUUUGUCACGUGAAUGUGAUGAAUCGAGUGUCAUGCAAAGUGUGUCACUCAUCAUGUUGACGUGUCUUUGAAUGUCACUCAAACGAGGGCCAAUCAGAAGGCGCCCUUUUCUCGUUUCGUACGCCGAGCUCGUAACUCUUGAGCCAAGCCAGCGUGCCUACCUCAGUCUCCUCCGCUGCCGCCUCACCUUUGUCUCCUUUUGCCCGGCAGGGGGGGCUUUGUUUGGCAGCCUCACCAGUGCAGCUGAUGCCCCCCCCCCCCCUCCCGACGCAUAAUUGGCGUUUGGCGCCAAUUAUGGCCGCUUUUGCCUGCGUUCCCGUUCGCAUCCUUGCCGGCGAUGAUUCCCGCGUGCUCGGCCGCCAACGAGCCAUUCGCCGCGGGUCCAACGCCCGGCGCCGCCCAAAUACGUCUGCCUGCCGGAUCCGAUCGACUUUUGACUCUUGCGCCGCAGAUACGAGCGCCCGCUUUGUCUCUCCGCCACAAACGGCGGGAUGAGUCUUUUUUUGUUGUUGCCGAGAAGCGUUUCCUGUAUAUUUAAGUCAUGACAUGUAUUUAUUGUCACGUCAUUAAAACGCUGUGUAAAUA